AUGUUGAACUAAGUACUUUAAGUAAUUGGAGCUCAACAAACUGAAGAAUAGCAAAUGGAGGCUCUAUAUGACGAUUUUUAGAGGCCUCCAAAGAUUUCAAUUGCAAUGAUGCAUGCUGCAGCCACAAAAUUUGCUAAGACUGACUAAAAUAUUGAUCUUGAUAAAACGAAUGUUUGCCCUUGUUGUGGAUUACCUGCUGUUAUCGAAGAAAUCCCAUUAUGUUCAUCAAGAAGCGAAUUCAGCUUCAAUGGUUCAGGAAUAGCAUUAUAUUUCGAUUUCUUAGUUUUUUCUGGCAUCAUUGUCUUUACUUACAUGUAUCUUAAUUCAAUAAAAAUAUAGAGCCAUCAGUUGUGGCUACAAUAUCUAUGUUAAUUCUCAUGGAAAUCGAUGUAAUCAUAUCAAUAGUAGUCUUGCUGACAAAUGCAAAACAGACUUCUUUAAUUAAUUUUCAUUAACAAAUGAUCAUGAGUAAUAAUAUUUAACAUAUCUAAUAGAUAAUUAGAUGACACUCGUAGCAUUCUCAAUUUUGUAUCCUUAGUAGUAAUUGUGUUUAUGACUUUAUUUUACAGAAGACACAUUAACAAAAUUGCUAUGGAAUUAGAUGAUGCAGCUAUCUUAUCCUCUGAUUAUUCAAUAUUUGUUGAGAAUAUCCCUAGAGAUGCAAAAGAGAUAGAAAUUUAAGAAUAUUUUUCUUAAUUAUUCCAAAAUGAAAAAGUUGAAUUUAGAAAAUUAUGCAUUGCAUAUGAAAUCCAGCCUUAUUUGAAAUUGAACACUCAAAAAUAAUUGAAGGAAUCUGUGCUUACAAAAGUACUGGAACUAGAAGCAGAAGGAAAAUCCAUACCUAAAUCAAUUCCACCUAGAGACUAACUAAAAUAAGAAAUAGAAAAAAUUUCAAAGGAAUUAGAUGAUAUGGAAGAUAAUAGAGCUAAUAUUUUCAAAUUCAGUGGAAUUUGCAUAAUUAGUUAUAAUUAUGAAAGACAAGCUGAUAAUGUUUGUAAAACUUUCAAAGCCACAAGAUUUUAGAUUUUAUUAGAUUAAUUAGGAUUUGAAUAAAAUUAAUUCUAAAAAUUUAGAAACAAUAACCUCUUUGUAAGGAAGGCGCCAGAACCAGGGGAUAUAAUUUGGGGUAACCUCGGUAUUACAAUUAAAGAGUAGUAUAAAAGAACUUUAAUAACUAAUGCUAUGACUCUACUUUUGUUGGCUAUUGGUUUUGGGUUAUUACUUGGAUUAUCUUAUCUAUAGAAUGUCAUUAAUUAAAAUAUUUCAAAAGGGUCAAAUGCAGAAGCAGCUAUUGUUACUGUUAUCGGAUUUGCAUCAUCAAUACUUAUUUUGGUAAUAAAUACAGUAUUAGCAAAAAUGA